CGGGUCUUUACUAGACUGAGCGUCUUUUGGCUGUGCCAUGGCAGCCUAUUUGAUACACUCCAACGUGAAGACCGUUGUUGAGCUACCCCGCUUCCGUGACAUCUCGGCAUCAUGAGUUUCAUCACUAAGCCUGCACAAGCGGACGCCGUGAAAAAGGACGAGAGAGAAUAAAAGAAAAGGUUUUCCCUAUUACGAUGUAAGCCUAUCGAACUUAAUAUAGUGUGGCUCCAGAUUUUUAACAUGGUGCUUUCCGAGUACUCGGAUCUGAUACGAGUUGAGACUAUCCUCAUUAGUCAUCGUCGACGUCACUAUGGACCUUGUUUUGGCUACAAUAUGAUGAACUCGAAGCUGAUUUAUCAGCUGGAGACGGACCCCUUGAUUUUAGAGACAUAAAUACCGCAGUGUACGCCUCGCUUGAUUCACCAUAUCAGUUGAGCUCUUGCUAUCACAUCUUAGGACAACAUGGAGGCCUUGAAGGGACAAACCGCUUUUAUCACUGGAGCCUCUAUGGGCAUUGGUGAGGCCAUCGCCUUGGCGUUGGCUGAGCACGGCGUCAACCUUGCCUUGGUAUCUCGAAGCAAGGAUAAGCUUGAUGCAGUACGAGACAAGAUCACUUCCAAAUUCUCGAACAUCAAAGUUGGAGUCUACCCAGUCGACAUCCAAAACCAACCCGACAUUGAAAAAGCAGUCAAGUCAGCCAUAUCUGAGCUUGGUCAGAUUGACAUCCUGAUCAACAAUGCCGGACUUGCACUUGGCGCCCCCGGACGUUUCUGGGAGAUCCCCAUCGAUCAAGUCGCCCAAAUGUCAAACACCAACAUCAACGGCGUCAUGUUCACCACCCACGCAGUCCUCAAUCAGUCAAUGUGGGAACGAAAGAAAGGAACCAUUAUAAAUGUAUCAUCCGUUACAGGCCUAGAAUGUCCACCAUUCAACGGCGAAGCAGUAUAUCACGCCUCAAAAGCAUUCCUCGAGGGCUUUUCCAACAGUCUUCGAAUGGAGACCGCCGGAUCAGAUAUCCGAGUUCUAGUUCUUCGGCCCGGUGUUGUCCAGACUCAUUUCCAUCUUCAAAGAGUCCAGUAUGACCAGAGUGCUAUGGAUGAAUUUGUCGAAGGAUACGAGCCUUUGGUAGCAGAGGAUCUAGCACAGUCGGUGCUGUACAUGUUGAGCUUACCGCCUAGGGUAUCUAUCAAGGCACUGGAUUGUGUUCCUACGGCGCAGAGAGCAUUGACGAACUUUGAUCGGGAGUGGAACUCACGUCGUGAAUAACUGGAAUGAUAGAUUUUGAGCUAUAGGGAAAAGAUGAAAUUUGUUUGAAAAGGCUUGCUACAUAACGCUAUCUUCAUAC